ACCAAUACCACCACCACAUCUCUGGGGGUAAUCAUUGUCACACUUAUUAUUGGAUCGACAAUAAUACAGCUACCGGUGCUGUUAUGUGCUGACAUCGGCGAUAAUAAUCAAAAAAAAACUAUUGAUUCACAUUUAGAGACAACCUUUGAUAGAGGUAUCGGUGAACCCAAUCCUCCAUUUGUUUUGGAGACUAAACGUGCGCUUUGUUUGGAUGAAAGUGUGAUUAAGUGUAAUAAUUCAGUUGAUCUUUGUUUUCACUCCAAUGCCAAAUGUGAUGGUAUUAGUGACUGUCCCGAUGGUUAUGAUGAAAAUGUGUCACUAUGUGGUUGUAUGGAUCACGAGUUUCCCUGUAAUGACACGUGUGUUGAUAGUAUCAAGAGAUGUGACACUAAAAUUGAUUGCACCGAUGGUACUGAUGAACUCAAUUGCGAGGGAUACGUCUGUCCGGUGACACACUUCAAGUGCGACAAUCAUUACUGCAUUCCCUUAGAAAAUGUUUGCGAUUUUCAUAACAAUUGUGGCGACAAUUCUGAUGAAUCCAAUUGCUCACAUCGGCGCUGUUGGUUUGGUGAGUACACGUGCGAUAGCGGACAGUGUAUUCAGGCCUACGCCGUCUGUAACGGCAAUAAUGAGUGCAUCGAUGGCAGCGACGAAAAGAGAUGUCAUCCCAACGAUUUUGUAAAAUGUGGAUCCGGAACAUUAAUACAUCGAAGUUUAUGGUGCGAUGGCAAACCUGACUGUCCCGAUAAUCACGCUGAUGAACAAAAUUGUCGAAAUUGUACCGAAUAUGAGUACCGGUGCUCUAACUCCCGGUGCAUUCCUAAUGGAAAUCUGUGCGAUACUGUAUGCGAUUGUGCGGACACGUGUGAAGAUGAAAAGUUGGCCGAUUGUCACAACUAUUACACACAAAUUAAUGGUCUCAGUGUAUGCAAGAGGUCAUCGACAGUUGCCUGUACUCUAUCGGAUAAUGGAAAGGUAGUCGAGCGGUGCAUUGCCAUCAACUACACGUGCAAUGGAUUCAAUGAUUGUCUGAGAAAUUUUGCCGACGAUGAGUACGGCUGCGAAUAUGGAGGAUAUACUGAAGAUAGUUGUAAAUCAUUGGACGACCAUUUUUGGUGUCCGACCGAAAAGCGCUGUCAACCACAAGUAAUCCGUUGUAAUCAUAUACCCGAGUGUUUAGACGGUGCCGAUGAAGUCAAUUGCGAUUACAAUAAAUGCGAUGGCUUUUUGUGCACAAACAGUCAGUGCAUUGAAUCGACUAAUAGAUGUAAUGGUAUUAUCGAUUGUUAUGAUAAAAGUGAUGAAACAUUUUGUGAUGACUACAAAUGUAUGAAUGGGUCUCAUAAGUGCAAUUCCGGUCAAUGCAUUCCAAAAAACUAUUGGUGCGAUUAUGUAGACGACUGUCCCGACAAAUCGGAUGAACUGAACUGUCCGGACAAGUACUCCGAGUGCUCUACCGAUGAGUUUCGCUGCGAUAACGGUCAGUGUAUUGGUCUAGAGUUUCGCUGUUUGGUAACCGCCGAUCAUCGAUACGGUUGCGCCGAUAGAUCCAAUUUGAGGAACUGUUCGCAUUGGAAGUGCGCCACCGAUCAGAUCAAGUGUGCCAACAGUUACUGUGUGGACGGACAGCUCAAAUGUAACGGCAAAAUUGAGUGCCCAAUGCUUUCCGAUUGGGCCGAUGAGGAAAAUUGCCCUUUUACGUGUUCAUCGGACACCCGGUGCCCGUGUAUUGACACUACUAUUAACUGUACAGAUGUUGGUCUCCAAACAAUUCCCGAUAACAUUGAAUUAGAAAUAUUAAGAAUGAUACUGAAAGGCAAUUAUUUGGGAAAGAGUUUGAAGCCUAAAAUGUUUGCCGGUUUCGAGCGGAUGCAUACAAUCGACUUAAGCGACAAUUAUAUCACAUAUUUACCCCCCGGACUAUUCAAGAAUCUAUGGAAACUAAGAAUAUUGCAUUUAAAGAAUAAUAUGAUUGAAAUUCUGGAUCCGCACACAUUUGCUGGUCUACCAAAUCUGGGAACAGUAACAUUAAUUGGAAACAGAAUACGAAUAAUACAUGAAUUUUCAUUUAGUGGUUUGACUUCAUUGAAUUCAUUAGAUUUAAGUCAUCAAAAUAUAGCACAUCUCUAUAAAAAUUCAUUUGUCGGCUUACGUUCAUUGAGUACACUUGAUUUAUCAAACAAUGUGAUUACUGAUAUUGAAGACGGAGUAUUCAGUGGUUUAAUCAAAUUGGCGUCACUAGACUUAUCGAAAAAUUCAUUGAACAAAAUGGGCGGAAAAACUUUUCUCGGAUUACAGUCAUUGAGGCUUUUGACAACCGAUGAAUUUCGUUUCUGUUGUCUGGCCCGACACGUGGAGACCUGUAACCCGGCUCCGGACAACAUGGAGUUCUCCUCGUGCGAGGAUUUACUGUCCAAUGCCUUACUGAGGAUCUGUAUUUGGGUACUGGGAGUGGUGGCACUGGUCGGCAAUAUAACUGUGAUAUGUUGGCGAAUCAAAUACCGGAUCACAAAUAAAGUCCACUCUUUUCUCAUCAUUAAUCUAGCGCUGGGAGACCUACUAAUGGGCAUAUAUUUGCUUAUUAUAGCCGGUGUUGACGCUUAUUAUCGUGGCAUAUACUUCAUAGUGGAUGGUAUGUGGCGUCAGAGCACUCUUUGCCAUUUCUCCGGAUUUUUAUCUACCCUUUCGUCAGAGUUUUCAGUUUUUACACUAACAGUCAUAACAUUAGACCGAUUCGUGACAAUAGUAUUUCCAUUGAAAUUCAGAAAAAUUAAAAUGAAAAACGCUAUAAUCAUAAUGAGCUUACUAUGGCUACUAUGUAUCGCACUAUCGAUUAUACCAUUAGUGGUACCGAUGCUUCAAUUUGACUAUUUUGACAACUUUUACGGCCGAUCCGGCGUUUGUCUGGCUCUGCACAUCACUCAGGAGCGGCCAAACGGCUGGGAGUAUUCGGUAUUUGUAUUUCUUGUGCUCAACUUUAUGUCGUUCACUACAAUAGCCGUCGCCUAUUUGUGGAUGUUUUUUGUGGCCAAAAACACGUCGAGCGCUGUCCGCACACCCGAACAUAAAAUCCAUAACCGUAUGGCCCGGCGUAUGAUGUUUAUCGUAAUGACCGACUUCUGGUGUUGGAUGCCUAUCAUACUGUUAGGCAUUAUAUCGUUUUAUGGCGUUAAGAUACCUCCACAGGCAUUUGCUUGGGUAGCCGUUUUUGUACUGCCACUCAAUGCGGCCGUCAAUCCCACUCUAUAUACACUAUCAAACCUUGUCUAUCGAAAGACUAGUUCACCGACAACUGCCGCCUCGUCAUUGAACCGCAGUUUCAAAGCCCGAAACGCUGAAAAAUCUAAUACAACAUUAACUCCAUUGAGAAUCUAA